GAUUUCGAACACCUAGAUUUGUAUCUCUAGAAAUGCUGCAGCUGAAUACAGGGCAAUGGGGAGAUAACUUCUGUUGUGUAGAAGAGAAAGAUCAGAACAAACAUUACGCCGCCUGUAAGAAGAAUCCAGGACACGGGAAUUUCUUUCCCGCUGACAAGUUCAGUAAGGAUCAUCUCCCGCCUUUCUACCAAAGAGAUGGCAUAGUAGAGUUUCUUAGAAUGACGUCAGAUCUAACUGUCCGUGUGACAGUCAAGUAUGUCAGUGAGAAGAGACCUGCGACUAUCCCAGGAACUGACAUCCCCUACCCGUGGUCCAGUAACAGGGGCAGUCACCUGACGAGGGUGGGCGCUGGCUGGUUGCAUUAUGCAGGUGUAGAUGACGAAAUAGAAUGUGAAUGUACGGAAUGUAGAAAUUCCCCACGCCCCAAACCGCAGCUUGCUUGUGUAAUAAUAAACACAGCCGCUCAUUUUAUUUUUGAUGACCUGGAGGCAAUACACACAACUUGUCAAUUAUCUUUUGAUUGGUGGGAAACACCUGUUGGUUCAAAUGUCGUGAAACUUACAGAUGUGUAUCAAUUCUUUUCGAAGAUAGAAGCUGACACUUGCAAAAUCAAAUAUUUCACCCAUGACCUAGAUCUUGUACGCAGUAUUAAAAGUUUGUGUGAUAAACACUAUACUGCUUUUAACAUACUAGGCAGGUGCAACAUGGAACCUCUGAAACACGUCAAACAAAGUGACAAAGACGAUGCUACACAGGAAGUCCCCCUGCAUGUUGCAAUCUUCCAUCCUCACGGAUGUGCUAAACAGGUCAGCAUAGGUUACUGUGAUCUUACACAUAACGCGAACACAGAAGAAAGUCAGUGUUCUCAUACUUCCAUACUUUGCCCAGGAGCUAGUGGCGCACUUGUCAACGAGAUGUCAUGGAAAGUCUAUCCAGUCGGUAAAUAA